UGUUUACACUACCCUCUACCAGAUGUCUCUGAAGAUUAUUAUCGUAUGGAUCGCGAAAAGGGUAGUUACCCCCCGUGUGACCCAAAGAGAAUCCGUCUCUAAUUUUCACAGACAGUGAAAGGCAUCGUGGCCGCCCCAACCGCACGUAGCAGAUUUUCUCGUUGCACAAACACACACUUAACCGAAUGCGUGGCCAGGGGGUUGAUGUAGGAGGUGUGUACACCCAUACACACACACACACACAUACGAAUUCGCGACAUCGCAUUUUUCAUCCCUCAGUUGUAGCCUUAUCAUAUACGUUAUAACCUGUGAUAAAGUGCCUCGAACGGAUUUCACUUAUACCUUAUAAGCUCAAACGUUUAAGCUGUUUAAGACUUUGUUUGUAUAACACUUUAAAUCGCACGAAAUUAAUCGACGCUACGGUGAUUCUCGUCCGGAUUUUCGAAUUCUUUCGCGGAUCCACGAUGCAAAAGUACCCAGCGCGGGACCGACUUACGGUAGCUAAAUCAUCGCUCGCGUGCAUUUACGAGAAGCCGUUUUAUAACUAGCCAUAUAUCACGUGACGAGCUGCUAUAUGUUGCUAUAUGCCGAAUGCAUACACCACAGUGGAAAUUGAAGUAGUGCGGGACAGUCGCUAGACAUCCUCGGUCGCUGACGCAGUAACUGCCAACUACUGGGUAGUUGCCUCCUCGGAGAGAGAAUCGGCUUUACAUCCACCGAGAGUUGCCGUCGCAUUUACGGAUGCAUUUAAUCCGGCAUAAACUGCAAACGGAGGAAGUUACAACCUAUGCCAACGAUUGCUGAAAGUUGAUUAGGACUGCAAAAGCGCCGGCGGAACAAUUGCAUGAGGAACUUUGUAUGAAGAUGCAGAAAAUGCAGGAAGAAAAUAUACGUUUGGAGUUGAUCGACUCCCAUGAGAAUUCUCAUAGAGAGGACAAGGAUAUUACUACAACUAAUGUCGAAACCGCGUUAUCUCCGAACGCUGAAGACAAUACCGAGACCGCAGCACCUCCAAAUUCUCCAGAUAUCACAGAUACGGAGAAUUACGAUCCUCAUCAGUAUCGGAGCGUACCAAAUCCAACUUCAAAUUUUGAAACCUUGGUUCACUUGCUAAAAGGAAGUCUUGGCACGGGAAUUCUAGCGAUGCCGAACGCAUUUUGCAAUAGCGGCUUCCUAGUCGGCGUUAUAGCUACGAUAAUCAUAGGAGCGUUGUGCACCUACUGCUUGCAUAUACUCAUAAGGGCGCAGUACAAAUUGUGUAAACGGUUAAGAGUUCCUAUAUUGAGCUAUCCAGACAGUAUGAAGCACGCCCUUGAGCAAGGUCCUCAAUUCAUGAGAUGGUUCGCGCCGUAUGCACCAGGAUUCAUAGACGGGUUUAUGAUAACAUAUCAAUUGGGAAUUUGCUGUGUUUAUAUUGUAUUUGUAGCAACAAAUAUAAAACAGGUAACGGAUUACUACUGGGAACCUUUGUCGAUUUCGACCCAUAUGUUCAUUUUGUUGCUUCCGCUGAUAUUGAUCAAUUACAUAAGAAAUCUAAAGUUAUUGGCGCCGUUUUCCACGAUAGCGAAUCUUAUUACCCUCAUCGGGCUCGGCAUGAUUCUAUCGUAUAUGUUUGACGAUUUACCGUCGAUAAGCGAAAGGGAGAUGUUUGGUACAGUAAGAAAUUUUUCCCUCUAUUUUGGAACGACGUUAUUUGCGUUAGAAGCCGUCGGUGUGAUUAUAGCUCUGGAAAACAACAUGAAGACGCCGCAAUCUUUCGGCGGCUAUUGCGGCGUGCUCAACAUAGGUAUGACUGUGAUCGUUAUUUUGUACAUAAUCAUUGGAUUUUUUGGCUAUGUGAAGUUUGGAUCUGAUACCAAGGGAAGCGUCACUUUCAAUCUACCAAAAGAAGAGAUUAUGGCUCAAAGUAUUAAGAUUAUGUUCGCGAUUGCCAUAUUCAUAACGUAUGCCUUACAAGCUUAUGUGCCCGUUGAAAUAAUGUGGAAUACCUAUCUGGACCAUCGAAUACAGAAUCGCAAAAUUUUAUGGGAGUACGUUUGUCGGACCGCCAUUACCUUGGCGACAUUCAUCUUGGCGAUUGCUAUACCGAGGCUCGGCCUAUUCAUUUCCCUCUUCGGUGCUCUCUGUCUAUCCGCCCUUGGCAUCGCCUUUCCGGCGAUUAUCGAGAUAUGCGUGCUGUGGCCGGGGAAGGAUUUCGGUCUUUUCAAAGCUAUGCUAAUCAAGAAUAUACUCCUGAUCGUGUUCGGAUUGCUGGGUCUCGUAGCCGGGACUUACGUCAGCAUCGUGGACAUAGUGAAAUCUUUCCAGUGAAUGGCAUCAAGUGCACCCGUGAAAUUUGCCAAGAUACAGGAACGUGCGAGAUGCGGUUAACGACUUGAACGAUUGGAGAUGGUCGUGGACGAUGAUAAAACGUACGACAAGCAAACGAGAUGUGCUUUUAAGCUCCAUCACCGCCAUAAGUUUACUUAGACUUUAUAAUAAAUGAAAGAAGAUAGACGCGCGCUAUAUAGUUGAUAGCGAUCGAUGAAAUCUCGCGACAACAACCUCCGAUCCAAUCGGAUGGUUCUGAUCUGUGAUGAAAACUCUUCUAAGCAUCAAUGAUGUAAUCUUUGCCGCGCGUCUCGUUGUAGAAAGUUUUUAUCACUCAUUUUAUAGGGCUGCAUUUUUGUAUACAUUCGACUGGAUCGUAUACAGUAUAAAUAUAUAUGUAUCUACUUAUAUAUAUAUAUAUUUGCUGUAUGUACGAACGGUUAAUAAUAUAUAUGUCGUUAUGAACAUACGAAUGUAUAUCGAGCGGGUGAAUCCACGAAUUUCUGUUGACGAUUAUUCAAGACAUGUUCGCUUAAACUUCUCAUUUCGGUACUUACGAGUACUUAGAAACACAAAUACUGGCAUAUCUUUCGUAUUUUUUUUUUUUUUUUUUGGAUGUCACAACAAAAAGUCAACAUUGUAAUCUAAAUUCUAACGUAUAUUAGAAAUUCGUAGAUAAAUAUAUUUUGUGCUUCAAUUUAUACUAAUGAUUAGGAAUACAUAAGGAAUACAAAGCAGAAAUUAUCAAGUUGUAUCAUUGAUAUUUGAUAAGGAGAAUAGAACAAAUAUUUAAUUGAAAUGAGAUACUUUAUUUCUCUUGCGAAAAAAUAGUUGUUAUUAAAUAUAUACAAGGCAUAAAAUUUUCUUUAUCAGUAAUAUGAUUAUUGUGAUUAUAUUAUUGCGACAUCCUUAUCGUGAGAAAUGUCUCAAUAUUACGUUGUCGAUAAGAAAUUUGAGUCUAAUCUCGUAAAAUUUUUCUAUAUUGUAUCAUUUUACAGUUUUAUCAUCGAGUUUUAAAUCUUUCGAAUCUUAAAGUUUAAGAAAAAAAAAAAAAAAUUGUGUUAAAGAAAAUUUUAAC